UCUCAAGUUCUCAUCUCCCUUUCUACACUUAAACCAGAAACACAAAAAGAGAAACAAUAGCUAACUCAGAGAGUACUAUCCUCAAAAUCUUAAUCAAUGUCAGCUUCUGUGGCUGCAGCAUCAUCAUCAUCAACAACAAAUGAUACAACGUUUAUAAAGUGCGUCACUGUUGGUGAUGGAGCUGUUGGCAAAACUUGUCUUCUUAUCUCCUACACCAGCAACACUUUCCCCACUGAUUAUGUUCCAACAGUGUUCGACAACUUCAGUGCAAAUGUUUUAGUGGAUGGCAAAACUGUCAAUCUUGGUCUUUGGGAUACUGCUGGUCAAGAAGAUUACAAUAGGCUAAGACCGUUGAGUUACAGAGGAGCAGAUGUUUUCAUUCUUGCCUUCUCUCUUAUUAGCAGGCCAAGCUUUGAGAACAUUGCUAAAAAGUGGGUCCCUGAGCUGCGACAUUAUGCUCCUAACGUGCCUAUUGUUCUAGUGGGAACUAAAUUAGAUCUAAGAGAUGAUAAGAAGUUCCCUAUGAACUAUCCAGGUGCUUGCACAAUCUCUACAGAACAAGGCCAAGAGCUAAGAAAGGAGAUAGGAGCAUUAGCAUAUAUAGAAUGUAGCUCCAAAACACAAAUGAACGUGAAAGCGGUGUUUGAUGCAGCGUUAAAAGUAGUUUUACAGCCUCCUUCAAAAACCAAGAAAAAAAAGAGAAGAUUUGGUUUCUGCCAUACUCUCUGAUCUUUCAAGCUUCUCUAGCUACUUUCUAAAUCUCUCGCUUGCUUUCUUUUUUUUUUAUAAUCUUUGUAGUGUGUUGCUAAUAUGAACGAAUCUUUAGUGUGAUUUUGUUAAUCUUAUAGAACAGAGAGUGUGUUGUAAUAAUAAGACGAAGUCUUGUCUAUGUAAAAAUCUAUGUACAUGAUCA